GCAAAGGUUCAAGAAGGCACUUCUCCUUUCUAUCCGAGCGAGUCCGGCCAAUCGAGUGUUCGCGAAAGAAUUCUUUCUUAUGAUAUUCUCGUUAAGAAAACGGAAAUAUGCUUCGAUGCAGGUCUGCGUUCCAAGCGAUUAAGUACAAUCAAACUCGAAAUCGAACAAUCACGUGACUGCGAGUUUCACGCGUCUUUGAAUUCAAGUGCUGCAUUAACCUGUUACUCCUGCGUCAUACGAUCACAGAAGGGGUGCCGAUGCUCACAUGACGAUCGGCGGCCCUGUCGG